GUUUGGUCGACUAUCACACCUUUUCUUCCAAUGAGCUUCUACUUCCUAAGAUUUUUUUGGAUUGCCUGGGACAGAGUAGAAUAGAAGGACAACGCAUUAGUACGGUGUUACACUUCAUGCACCCUUCAUCAAUCAUCACUACUCUUUCCUCUAUAUAUAGCCCCCUCGUCGUUUCACAACCCAAGCCGUUUCAUUAUUGCUUUUUAUUCUACCUUCUUCUCUGCUUCCUCUGUAUUCUUAUUUUUCCCUUUUUAAACGAGAAAAUGACUAUGGUCAUUGAGCAACCACGGCUUGAUUCACACGCUCAUCAGGAGAGUCAUGUGCGUUCUAAGGAAACCAAUGAGCUUGUGCUGCAUGGUGGAUUCCCCUUGCCAAAAUCUCUGUCACAUAAUGGAUUCAUCGCUCCUCAUAUCAAUCCAUUUGGUCACUCCUUCAGAGACUAUGACGCAGAAAGUGAAAGACAACAAGGUGUUGAGCAGUUCUAUAAGCUGCAACACACUAACCAAACAUAUGACUUUGUGAAGAGAAUGAGAGAGGAGUAUGGGAAGCUGGACAAAGUUGAAAUGGGGAUAUGGGAGUGUUGUGAGCUGCUGAAUGAUGUUGUGGAUGAUAGUGAUCCUGAUUUGGACCAACCUCAGAUUCAGCACUUGUUACAGUCAGCUGAGGCCAUCAGAAAAGACUACCCUCAAGAAGAUUGGUUGCAUCUGACUGCUCUCAUCCAUGGUACUCAAACAUAUAAAAUUCUUGUAGCUUCUUCUUAUUCUAAAUUAACUUUCAAUGAUAUUAACAAUGUUUGGUUCGUUUCAGAUCUUGGAAAGAUUCUCCUCCUCCCUGCUUUUGGACAGCUUCCUCAGUGGGCUGUUGUUGGAGAUACAUUUCCUCUUGGCUGUGCUUUUGAUGAAUCAAAUGUUCACCACAAGUAUUUCAAGGAUAACCCAGAUUACAAUAAUCCUGCUUACAGUACCAGAAAUGGGAUCUACAAUGAAGGAUGUGGACUAGAUAACGUAAUGAUCUCUUGGGGGCAUGAUGAUUACAUGUACUUGGUUGCCAAGGAAAAUGGAACCACUCUUCCCUCAGCAGCAUUAUUCAUUAUUCGAUAUCACUCUUUCUAUCCUUUACACAGGGAAGGAGCAUACAUGCACUUGAUGAAUGAAGAGGAUGCUGAGAAUUUGAAGUGGCUUAAAAUAUUUAACAAAUAUGACCUCUACAGCAAGAGCAAUGUUCAAGUUGAUGUUGAAAAGGUUAAACCAUAUUAUCUUUCACUCAUUAAGAAAUAUUUUCCAGAGAAGCUGAGAUGGUGAGAACCUUGUUUGUAGACAUGAGAGGCUGAAGGCGUGCUUGUCCUACUUCCAUGUGUAGCAGUCCAGUGAUAUUGUAUGACAAUUUAUGGACUUAGUGUUAUCAAUAAUACGUAUGUUAUUAGAUUCCUGCUAUGUAACUCCUAAUGGAGUCAGAAUGAUGCAUAUUGUACCAAUUCAACAGAGUUGCAUACUUUAUAUGAAAAUGUAAGAGUGACAAAGAGA